AGGUAGAGCAAGUGUGAGUGAAGGAAAAAGAGUAACAAGAGGUCAAGAAGGAGGAGGAUAAUGAAUAGAAUAGGAAAGGAAGGGAGGAAUAAGGAGAAAUAAGAGGAGGAGGAGAGUAAACAAGAUACAAAAAGUGAUGAUCUUGGAAAUAAUGUAAACAAAUCAAGGAAAAUGCUUAGAAAAACGAAAUGAUGACAUGAAUAAUAGUGAAUGAGUGAAAAUAAUGAUUAAUUAGCAUAACAACCUAACCACAUAACAGCUUGGCCGCCUCUGACACCAAGGCUCAUUCUACCCCAGCCUAACCUGACCUUGGCUUACCCUCACCUCACCUGACCUGCUGGAAAAUGACAGCCAGGCCCAGGUAGCAGCAAUGCCGGAGACAAGAGUAACCCAACACUACCCCAAUACUCGGCAGGGGAGUGUGGGGGCCCGAGGGUACAUGGCGGCAGGAAAGAACAUUGAUGUGGGAGGGGUGAGGCCGCUGGUGUCCCGGACAGAAAUUAAUUGUGGCCGCCCUGGAGUCUCAUCCCGCACUGGCAAACCUGCGUACAAAUCCCAGGAGGAGCAGUACCAGGAGAUCCAGGAGCUACGCCAGGGCCUGGGACACCUGCGGGAGGAGAACUCAACCUUGAGGACUCGGAGCCGUCGCCUGGAGGAGGAUCUGGCAAGGCGGGACAGACAGAUACAGCAGCUGAUGGACCCAACAAAGAAUGACGAGGCGCGCAGAAAACUCACAGACAAGGGCGCCUCCCUGGUGGCGAGCCUGAAGCUACGUGUGUCGCGCCUGGAGGCCACACUGCGGGCCAAGGAAGCAGAGCUGGCCCGCCUGCAUGCCUCGGCCAAGGCCACGUCCCUCAAUGAGAUGAAGAUUGAGGCUGAGACUUAUUAUCAGGAGGUGGUGAGACUGAGGAACCAACUAAACAUCGUGCAACAGCAGCAACAGCAGCAGCACCAGUACUUCCCAGCGAACCAACAUCCCCAGGAGCCGCAGGAACACGCACCACCACCACCACCACCACCACACAACCAGGCACAAGUCAACACCACAGCCAUUGCCACUGCCACUCAGCCAACCCACUCCAGCACAAUGAGAGGGAAACGUGACAGUCGGGAGAGGGAGAGAGAGAGAGAGAAGGAGACACCGCAGGACAGACGAGGGGGCGGUGAUGGCCAGGAGUCUCCCUCAGCUGGUCUCCGUCAGGCACUGUCACGUCUGGAGGAGGAGAAUACAAGGCUUGGGCAGCAGGUGUCAGCGCUUGUGUCAGAGAAGGAGAAGCUCACGGCUGAUUUGGAGAGAGUUCUGGGCCUGACUGAGGAGGUGAAAGGCAACUUUGAAGGGCUGAGCCGGGCCGAGUUGAUCCGAGAGGUGGAGCGGCGGGAAGCAGAGGUGGUGCGCUGGGAGUCUCAACACAAACAGCUGACAGAUGCUCUCGGACGGCACUCAGAGCAGGCUGGGGAGAACUCAGCACUCUUGCAGGCCCGUGUGGCAGAGCUGCAGGGGCGGGAGGAGGAGUGGAACAGGGAGCGGUCGAGCCUGCAGGAGCUGAUCAACACUCUGAAGGACGACCGCAUCUUCUACAAGGAGACGGCACAGAAGAAAGACUCUGAGAUGGACGGUCUGCGGCAGGAGGUCCAGGCACUACAGCAGGAGGUGUCUGGGCUGCAGGAGGCACAGCGGCGACGGGGGGACAGACUCACGGCUUCCACCCAACGCACCACCAGGCCAGGAGGGGUGUCUGCAUCAUCACGCUCUGGCUCCAGCAGUGAGGCACACACCCCACCAAGCCGUCGACCUCGCCCCUCCAGCGCCAGGCCCCCCGCAGCAGGCACCCGCCCACCACGCAACACGAAGGCCUCCAGCGAACCACGGGAGACAGCCAGUCCUUCUCGGCGCACCACAAGCACCCAGCCAAGAAAACCACCUCCUGCGAAAUCCUCCUCCACCCGCACUGCAUCCUCUUCCAUGUCCUCCUCCUCUCAGAUGUCCCCAAGGAAGCAGCCCACGCCAGGUAGUCGUGGGGUGGUGAAGCAGAGCAGGCAGCCCACACCUUCAUCUUCCCUCUCCUCCAAGACCUCCACACCCACAGCCUCCCCGAGUAAGGUCCCAGCAAGAGUCACGAGCUCCUCUUCCUCGUCCCCGCAACACAGGUCAAGUCUAUCUUCACCACAGCAGAAAAAUGGCACACCAAGGUCAUCCAGGCAGCAGAACGGUAUGAUUGGUUCUCCACAGCACAAGGAGGGUGUCAGUGCUUCACCUAAACACAGAAAUGGGGUCAUCGGGUCACCUCGGGUCAAGCCAACAUCCCCAGUCAAGACCCCGACACCCAGGUCUUCCUCCAGGUCAUCCACCCCUUCAUCACAGGUCAGGUCUUCCCCUAGCAAGGUCACUGCCUCGCCCCGCUCCCCCUCCAAGGUACCCCAGCCCAGUCCUAGGGGAAGGAAGGGUGCUACAGAGGCUCCCCCACCUCCACCACAGCACACCCCUCGACGGCAGGGUAGCUCUGGCCUUUCUUCUACGGAGGAAGAUGAGAGGGUGCUGGCUGAGAUAAUCUUCCAAAGGGACACUGAUACAAGCUUAGAGGUGGCCCCUGAUACACCUCGCUCUCUCUCCAUGGCAAGGCAGCGAACUGUUACCCUUGAUACUCAGGAGGAAGAGAGCUUGCAGGAACACACCUCUCUCUCCUCACAAGGCAUGGGUAGCAGGGAAGAGGAGGGACUAAAGGAAGAGGAGGAGUUGUCGCCAGGAAAGAGAAGAAGGCGAAAAGAUAGAGAGAUCGCCGAGACCCUGGAUGUGUUGCGCUCACUGCUGUCAGGCCACCUCAGUAGGCAGCAGGAAGUGAAUCACCUGCUGACCAGUGCACCACUGCUGGUUGGAGAGGGUCAGGGCAACGGUGGAGGGGCCCUCCAGUCACCCCGAGGAGGAGGUCAAGCCAGGAAAAGUCCACGGCAGGUACCUGAAGGAGCAGAAGGAAAGACACUGGUUCGCCAAGGGACUUUCAAUGUGGAUGAGGAAGGGAUGGAGGGGGAGCAGGAAGGCCCUACUACCCUCCAUGCCACCCUAGAUGCUCACCUCACCAGGACGAAAGGUGUGAAGCAGCUCAAAUAAUGGGGUGACCAAGGGAGAGAAUGAGAAAGAGAGGGAUGGUUGCCAUUGCUGCUGCUGCUGUUGCUGCUGCUGCUGCUGCUGCUGCUGCUGCUAUUGUUACUGCUGCUACACCACUUUUGAGACUGUGGGGAGAUUUUUUUUUUUUUUUUUUUAAUGCUAUAAGGACUGGUUACUCUUCUUUUGUUGCUGUCACUUUAACUAUUUCUUCUUUCUCUGCUUCUAUUACUACUGCUGUGAUUCCUUUCCAAUUCUAAUUUGCUGAUACUCAUAACUGUUACUGUUUCUGUUCUUAUUAGUAUUACUGCUUCAACUACUACUGCUUCCACUUCUAUUUCUGAUAUUAUUACUGCUACUUCUACUUUUCCUCUUCCUCUUCCUCUUCCUCUUUCUCUUUCUCUUUCUCUUUCUCUUCUUACUAUGUUAUCUGGAUUAUUGUCCAAGCUAAUAAUUUCACUACUUCAACAACUGUGACUCUACUACUAUUCCCUUUACUAUUUCCUUCAUUUCCCUCAUUACUACUGUUGUCAUGGUGGCAGUGGUGUUGUGUCCAGUAGCCCCAUGACACAAGUGUUCUGUCUGUGAUGUUCAAAAAAAGUUCCUUUCGUCACAACACAGGGAGGAGUCUCAUGAAGUCUUGGCAUCACAGAACUCUUUGGCCAGUGAGUCAGUGAGGUUACUGUCAGAUCAGUGUGUAGGCUGUGUUCAGGUGUGAGUGUAGUCUGUGUGUGGGUGUGGUGUGGGCUGGAGUUGACUGUUCUAAUUGAUCACAAGCAGUUUCACAAUCCAAGGAAUUUAUGUUGAUAAAGUACAGGUGAAUUGUGGUUUAUAAGUUGGUUAUGUUCAUUGAAAAUCUUUAUGAAUUUACAGAAUGAAUUUUGUGUUUUGUAGAUAUUUUGAAAUUUCAGUAUUUUUAGGUUAUUUUAUAUAUUUAUUUUUUGUUAGAAAUGAGAGUUCUACAUUUGUAAAUCAGGAUAAUGAACACAAUUACUUUAUUUGCUAUGGAAAACUUGUAAAUCAUGAAUUUUGCUUCAGCUGUGUUGUGUUCUGAACUGAAGUGAUCAGAAACUGUUUCAAGGUCAGGUAGAGAUUAGGACAUGGAGGAGCAGAGAGUAAGAAUCUAUAUUUAGAGCUGAGCAGAGUCCACUUUCAUAACUUUUCCAGCCAUUUUGUUGACAUUCUCUCAUAAUUUUGGUUUUGGUCGGCUGUUCAUUGAUCUUCUUUGAUUUCCCAAGUUAGGGGAGACUCGGCGAAGACAAACUUUUAAGUGAAUGUCUAUGAACUGGCUGAAGAAGUAGUAGUACCUCUUGUUCAGCUCUGAAUAUAUUCUCCCAUGUCCCUUGUGUUCUGGAGUGACAAGACUUCCUUGAGAUCAUCCUCUUUGCUUAUUGACACUUCUAUUUGCUACUUAGUAUUUUUAUUGUGUGGAUCAUUAGUCAUCCGGUCUUGUGUUUGCCUUCCUGAGGCCCGUGAUGCACAAAAUGUGUUACACAUUCACAAGGAUUGAAUGUUCUCUGUAUUAAUGUCUAUGUAACCAUUAUGUUAGCAAUAGCAUUGCACACUGUAUUAUAAUAUUUACGGAAGUCUCGUAAGUCACGUAUAUAAUGCACAAACUUAAGCUUUGCAUGCACAUAAACUAUGGAUCUCCUCUUAGUAUCAUGUGAUAUAAUGAAAUGCAUGGACACUUUUGACACUUCUGUAGCUAGCUUGUUUGUUUUGGUUGAAGGUGAGGCUGUGUAGAUCUCUCCUCAGUAUUGUGAUAUAUUAGUGCACACAAAACUAUUUAUAUUGAUGCACAAAUCUAUUUUUUAUCUCUUAAGUGGCCUCUUUUAUUUGGUUGUAGGUGAGGUCUGUUAGGUCUCCUCUCCCUGCUGUCUUUGUGAUAUAUUAAUGCAUACCAAAUUAUUGUCAUCUUCCUAUUUGAUUUUCUCUCUUUGCUGUCUUGAUUAAGUGAAAUGUGAUGAUGAGAGGAAAUGCAGGAUGAUGCAAAAAGUAUUAUGUCUAAUGUUUCAGCUAUUACCUUAGACUGAAGAUCACAAUAGUAGAAACAUUAGAGAUAUAAAAUGUUUCUGCCUCACUCUGUCUUCCCUCACCACCAUAUUCCUUUCCCUUGCUGUGCUUUAUCUUGAUUGUGAUAUACUGAUGCACCAAAUUUUGUACCACCAAAGUACUGAGGUUAUUUUGAUUGAAGGUGAGGGAUGAGUUUUUUUUUUUUUUUCCAUGCUCAGUGUUGUGUAGUGUUGCUGUCCCUCACCACAGCAACACUCACGUAGCCAAACCCAGACAUCGAUUCAUGAUAAGAGUUGCCAUGUUCCCUAUAAAAUCUCUACUGUGGAUAACUUGCUAUUUGCAUCUCCCUGCUUUUUUUUCACGGGAUGUAGGUUGAUCAAGUUGUCCAUCUAGGAAGCAGAAGAGAUUGUUGCUGCUGAUUUGUUGAAGUACUGCUCAUGUGUCAAUGCCUCCCUGGCUUUGCUUCAUGGGAUGUUGAUUGGUUUAUGAAAUGGACCUGGAGGAGAUGUUCAAGAUAGUUGUGGUUUUGACAUAUUUAAUUCUUGUUUCAUUAAUAUCUCCAGGUCUUUAUUAAGGAGGAUGUUGAUUGACUCAAAAAAUCCCUCAGGUAGAAGCGGCAUUCAAGUUGAUGGUUGUUUUGACACGUUUACCUCCUAUUUUGUCAGUAUUUGCAGAUGUUUAUUGAAGAUGUUACCUUAGAAAAUUAAUCAGGUAUAGAAAUAUUAAAAAUAGUGUUAGGUUUAUAAACCUUUAUAUGACCGUUUUUUCUGCAAAUAUUGGGUCUUUCUCACUUACUCAUGGCUUCUUUCAUAUAGAACAUGAGGAUCUUUAAGCUGUGCUGUCAAUAACAUCACUUAAUUCAUCACAAACAUCAUCCUUGAGUGGUUGUUGAUAGUGAUCUUUUACUUCCUCCCCCAAAAGGUUGAUCAAUUGAAUAAAAACAUUACUUUAAGAGGUUUGGAAUUGAUAAAGCAGUUUUUCUUGUGUAUGAAAUUAUUUAAGAAUCCCUUGAAGCUAUCACUUUCCCCAACAUGUAAAUAAGUGGAGUUACAGUGAUGGAGGUUUUCUGUUCAUUCAGCAGGUCAUUUGUUAAUAGAUCAGGUCUUACUUUCUAUAUCAAAUAAUUCAGGAAUCUAAUCAAUUUGUUACUGUUCCCUCAUCUUGUCAAUAAAUUGAAUUACAUACAAUAAUGUAAUAAUGGAUUUUUCUGUUGAUACAGCAGGUUGUGAAUUAAUGUGGCAGGUUUUAUUUUCUUCUAUAUCAAAUGAUUCAGGAAGCUCACAGAUCUAGAAUUUUUCCUCUGACUAUGUCAAUAAAUGGAAUUAUGUACAGUGACAGGAGGAUUUUUUGGUAGACCGCAGGUUAUCUAUCAAUAAGGCAGGUUUUGUUUCUUCCUGCUUUCCUGAAUUAUGAUCCUCAGUAGGGCACAUUCUGCUUGAGGCCUCAUUUACCUUCUCUCAGGACAUGCUGCAUGGUUACUAGGAGACCCUUGUUACAUAUCUAAGCUUUGGCAGCUGCAGACAAGGGCUUGUGGUGGCUUACUACUGCAUGGCUGGACAGGGUUGUAUACUAAUGAACUGAGAAUCUCAUCUCUACCCCAGAAGUUUGUUGUUCCCAGGAAUUUAAUUAUUUCUGUGGUUUUUUAACAUUUCUUCUGUCUUUUGCUCAUUCUUGGGGAUAUUGGUGUCCUCAUCAAUCCGUUGGUAAUGUGUGAGGUGCAUGAAGGACGUUGAUCCUUUGCCUCAAUAUUGUGUAGCUUACUGAGUGCCCUGGUUGUGUUGGCACAUUGCUCAGGCCCUUAAUAGGGUGGAAGCUGCUUAUACCAUGCCAUUCUUUUGGUGGUCAGACAGCCUUGCUUGUUCAAAUGCUCUGGAAAAGCAAAAGUGUACAUACAGUGAAUGGACUAGAAUCUGCAUUGUAUUUCAUUCUAUUACUAUACAGUUGCUUUUACAUAUGUAAUUCAGGUUAUACUUACAAGUGCUCAAAUAAUCCCCUUGUUUUGUUAUAGAGAAUAAGAAAUAGCAUGGAAAGACCAUAGUUAAAACUGGUUGUAAAACUAUGAGCCACAGGAAACUACAGACUGAUGGUUUAACUUCAGAGACACAGAAUCAAGAGGCAUUUUGUGUCUUCAACUCCUGCUAGUCAUGUCAGUUGUAGAUUAACAUGCAUAUUCUCCUACUGUGUUGUGCAUCUUAACCCAGUCUCAAGUCCUGAUUUGCUGAGAGUCUCCUUACCAAACUUGACAUUUUGAGAAACUAACAACAGAUCAGGGGACUUGAGAUUAAGGGAAAAUAUUAAACAGUAGAAAUGAGUGCAGCACGUUAACCAACUAUUCUCCAGGACUACUUGUAUCCGCUGUGUUUACUUGUGGUCAGUCUUGCUUGUGUUGUGCCUCGGGCUGGAGUGUCACUGCCCCUUGCCACUGUUUAUACAGAGGUUGUUGUUCACAUGUUAAGGUUGUCCCAUGCAGGAACAGUUUGUUGAGAUUAGUGUGUUAUGCAAAAUAGGUUAAGUCCCAUCCCCCUUUUUUUUUUUUUUCCUUCUAAAUUAGAUAAAUUUUUGUUUGCUUAGGGCAUAAGUGCCACUAAGGAACACUCUUUGGUUGGCAAACUGAAAUUGUGUUCUUCAGGGAUGACUCGUGUAAAUCUUAAUAGUGGAGAGUUUAGUAGGAGUGAGGAUUGCCGUCACUGCCCUCCCUUCCUGGUGCUCCUGGAAGCCUUGGACGCACAAACAGCGGCAUAACUAGUCCGAAGGAUUGUGAAACUGACGGCUUUUGGAGAUGUAAGUGCGUAGUUUGCUUGUUCAUGCAGUAUAGGAUCUGUGAGCUGAGAAACUUUAACGAGGAUAUCAGCAAAGACUCUGUGAGGGGAUUUAUUACUUCCAUAUUUUUGUAAGUAGCAGGAGAACUUUGUGCCUUUUCUUAGUACACAUAAGGGAAUCUGGUAGACUGGAAACACUGCUAUGAAACACUCAUCCUCCCUUGUGUCCGUCUCUGCCAUGAGGGAGCAGCACUUGUAGCUUCUGGUGUUCUGUGGUCUUGUAGCCAAAGUGCAGAGCUUUAUCCAUUUACUGUGUACUGUAUAUUGAAGAAAGGCAAAAUAUAAACUCAUGGUACU